UGGUGGACUUAUUAAUAAAGUUACUACGAAUGAAUUCUUUUAUUUGGAUGUUUCUAAACCAUUUAAAUCAACAGAAGAUGUCUUAAUACCAUGGGUUGACCUUACUUAUACCGGCGGUCCUCAAAAAGCAUAUACUACAGCAUGUAUUGGUGGAAAAAAUAACGAUAUGAUUUUUAUUUUUGGUAAUAAACCUAAUAAUAAUCAAUCAUUCGUUAAUCAAUUUGAUACAAAUAAACAGCAGUGGAUUAAUAUCACAUCUUCUGGAAGUGUGCCCACAAAUAGAGAUGAUAUUUCAUGUGCUAAAUUUAAUAAUGGAUUGAUUGCUAUUUUUAGUGGUUAUAAUUAUACACCGAUUGCUAGCACUAAUGAACUUUGGAUAUUCAAUACACUAACAUUGACUUGGAAUUUAAGCAGUGCAAUAAAUGCUCCUUCAUCUCGAAUGUCUUAUUGCGCAAUAACUUUGCCCGAUGAUAAUAUUUUAUACAUUGGUGGACUUAAUUAUACUGUUACUUUUAUGCCAAUGGACAAUUUACCGUUAUAUAAUACAAAAACUAAUACGUGGACAAUUAUGAAUACAUCUGGCCCAACUCCUCCCGCUCGCUAUCGUUUCUCAGCAGUAUUAACUCCUGACGGGCGUAUCAUAAUAUUUGGUGGUUUUCAAUUACUUAGCGGUACGUAUGGUGAUCUGUGGAUCUUAGAUAUUAUAACGUAUCAAUGGUCGGUUGGAAACAUUUUAAACCCAAUUGCAAAUUUAAGUCUUACUAGACAUACUGCAACAUUAGUGGAUAAUUAUAUGUUAGUUGCUUUUGAAAAAGUCAGGUUGCGUACCGUUCCUGAUAGAGUUUUAAAAAAUUACGUUACUAUCGAAGUAGUAAAGUUACAGCGUGAAUUUCAAAAUGGUACUUAUUCAUCAAACAUAUUUAUGUUAAAUGUAAGCCAAAAAGAUUCCUAUAGAUGGGUUACUGAAUUUAUUCCAAAUACUACAACAACUACUACAAAUUCUACAAUUUCAAGCAGUACAGACUCUAAAAAUACUAGUUUAAUGAUUGGAGUCAUCAUUGGCAGCAUCAUUUUUUUAGUAAUAUUUGUAACUGCUAUUAUUUUCACCCUAAAAUUUAUUGAUUAA